AGCGGGACUGGCAACCUUAGGUAGUAGUUCGAGUGCACACGACCCUGAGUAGUCAGUUUGCACAGAACGAGUCCUAACUGAGUCGACGUCGUCGCUUAAAGACUGUCUUGGAAAAAAUUAAAACAAAAUGGAUGACUGGGAAGAAGAGGAAACGACCACUACUAGUGCUAUCACUCUAACCAGUCACAGCUUCAAUGAAGGCAAAGAAAACGAUUUCUGGAACACGGACAGUUGUGAAUUUGGGAGCGGUUGUGGAGGCAGAGGAAGAUUUAAGUUUUCUUCAGGUGGUGAGAAGACCAGAGAUGAUGGAAACAACUGGAACACCACAUCACAAGAAAGAUGUGGUUUUAGAGGCAGAGGACGUGGCAAAGGCUAUGGUGAAAAGGGUCAAAGUGAAUUCAAUGGAAACAAUAAUGGAAUCAGUGACAGGGGGUUCAGAGGAGAAAGAGAAAAUAGAAGAGGAGGCUUCAAAAAAGGUGGUGAACAGGGUGGCAGAGGAGGCUUCGGGGGAGGCUACCGUGGUAAAGAUGAAGAUAUCUUUACUCAAGGGGAAAAUAAAGAUCCAGAAAAAGCUGGGGACAAUGCUGACAAACCAAAGGUCACGUACAUACCUCCAACCCCAUCAGAAGAUGAGGAUUCCGUCUUUGCCCACUACAAGACAGGAAUCAACUUUGACAAGUACGAUGACAUAUUGGUGGAUGUUAGUGGAACCAACCCACCACAAGCUAUCUUGACUUUUGAUGAGGCGGCAUUGUGUGAAACUCUAAGAAAAAAUGUCAACAAGUCUGGCUAUGUGAAGCCCACCCCUGUGCAGAAGCAUGGCAUUCCUAUCAUCUCUGCUGGCAGAGAUCUGAUGGCCUGCGCCCAGACUGGAUCUGGCAAAACGGCGGCGUUCCUGCUGCCCAUCCUGCAGCAGUUGAUGGCAGACGGUGUGGCAGCCAGUAGCUUCAGUGAGCUUCAGGAGCCAGAAGCCAUCAUUGUGGCACCAACCAGGGAGCUCAUCAAUCAGAUUUACCUGGAGGCCCGAAAGUUCUCAUAUGGGACAUGUGUGCGCCCUGUAGUUGUUUAUGGUGGAGUCAGCACUGCAUACCAAAUGAGAGAAAUCUCAAGAGGAUGCAGUGUUUUGUGUGGAACACCAGGGCGUAUGUUGGACGUGAUUGGAAGAGGAAAGAUUGGGUUGACUAAGCUGAGGUACCUAGUGUUGGAUGAGGCCGACAGGAUGUUGGAUAUGGGUUUUGAACCAGACAUGCGACGCUUGGUGGGGUCUCCUGGAAUGCCACCUAAAGAGAACCGUCAUACCCUGAUGUUCAGCGCCACUUUCCCUGAGGAAAUUCAAAGGUUGGCGGCAGACUUCCUGAAGACAGAUUAUUUGUUCUUGGCUGUGGGUGUGGUGGGUGGAGCCUGCACCGAUGUAGAGCAGACAUUUCUCUCAGUGACCAAAUUCUCUAAGAGGAAUCAGCUCCUUGAUCUUUUGAAAACCACAGGUAAAGAGCGCACCAUGGUGUUUGUGGAGACCAAGAGACAAGCUGAUUUCAUUGCCACGUUCUUAUGCCAGGAGAAUGUUCCAACAACCAGCAUUCAUGGUGACCGUGAGCAGCGGGAGCGAGAGCAGGCUCUGUCAGACUUCCGUUCUGGUAAAUGCCCUGUCCUGGUGGCGACAUCUGUGGCUGCGCGUGGUCUGGAUAUUCCUGAUGUUCAACAUGUGAUAAACUUUGACCUCCCCAACAACAUUGAUGAAUAUGUCCACCGCAUUGGGAGAACUGGCCGCUGUGGGAACACUGGGAGAGCCGUGUCUUUCUAUGAACCAGAAACUGAUGUCCAGUUGGCUCGUUCUCUGGUCACAAUCCUGUCCAAGGCCCAGCAGGAGGUGCCCUCGUGGUUGGAGGAGGCUGCGUUCAGUGGUCCUGGUUCUACUGGCUUCAACGCACCCAGGAACUUUGCCUCCACAGACAACAGAAGGGGAGUGUCCUGUGGAGACAGUGGUGCAAUAAGCCAGAUGGCUGCUCAGCCUGCAGCUGAUGAAGAUAAUUGGGAGUAGAGACUUGAGUCACAGAUGCACUAACGGGAGUUGUUUGUUUUUUGUAAUUGUUCGGCUUGGUUUUGUGUUUUUGUUAAGAAUACAGUAAAGAUGGUAAAUGAUGUCCAGUUCAACAAGGAAACCAAAUAUUGGUUAUAAUAUAAUGUGAGAUGUUUUUUAUUCUUUAUUCCUUUAUCUCUUGCAUUUAACAAAGUAGAUGUCCCUGUAAAGUAACAGGAAAGAAUGAUGUGUAUUUGUUUUUUUCUAUUAACAAUACAAUAACGCGUCACAAUAAAUACAUCUAUUCAAACCAAA